UCAACCUCAACACAGCAGUGAAACCCGAGGUGAAACCCUUGUGGAAUCAAAGAUUUUGCAGAAUGAAUAAAACUGGAUUCAAUAAAAUACUCGAAAAUACUAUACUUAUUCCGAGACUUAUUCAGAAAGAUAGUGAAAGGGUGAGAGCUGAAAUCCGAAAUUAAACAGUGGUGAAGGACGUUAUGGUUUUAGCAACAAACUAACUUUAACAAACAUAAACUUCUUGAGUGUUGAAAGUGUUAAAAACCAAUGAAAUGAAAAAUCAGAAAAUCAAAAGGUCGAUACGUUCGUUUUUACUAGACUGGUGGAGAAGAAAAUGGGACUAGUCCGGAAAUUGUUACUUUUGGAGGCCAUUCCAAAAAAUUCCAUCAUGGAAAUAUUGACUCAAGAACAACUUUUCGUAUGUCAGCUGCUUAUAAUCUAUAAGGCACAGAUCCGACCUGUUCUGGAAUACUGUUUCCCUUAUGUGGAGUGCAGCACCCAAACAUACCCUGAAACCAUUGGAUUCUGUCCAAAAAAGGACAGACAAUUCGUCUCGUGGGUGAUGCCUCGCUCACGAACUCACUCACUUCUCUGGAACACCGUAGAAGAGUUGGCGAUCUGGCUCUAUUUUAUAGAAAUUUUCAUGGACGAUGCUCUUCUGAAAUAUCAACAAUUGUUCGAUCCUCCCUUGACAGUCCCCGCGAGAAUAACUCGUCGAGUUGAGGCUUCGCACCCCUUCGAGGUCACUUUGGACACCUGCAGAACAUUUCUUUCCAAAGACUCGUUCAUCCAACGAACAGCGAGGUUCUGGAACACAUUGCCAAGGGAGGUAUUCCCCGAGGCAUAUAACCUCCAGAAAUUCAAGAGGAACUCCAAUUCCUACCUUAUUUCCCUUUGGUUUUCACGAUGUUCUCUGAACAUUACAGAGGAUUUCUCCUUUCUACUGAGAAAUGUUGACAACAUAAAUAUGGACUUGGCAACAAUUCUCGAAUGGGGAUCCAAUAACUUGAUAGAUUUCAAUGCAAACAAAACACAAGCAUGCCUUUUCUCUAGAAAAGCCCAACAUAAGCUUGUCAGGAGUAACCAUACCUUUGAAGGCAUCCAUUUCGAUGUUUGGUAUUAUACUAUCAGCAAUAACGUUUCUUGGGAAAAUCACGUGAGAUCAAUUAUUGCUAAAAGAGUUCAGCUGCGUAUGAUCUAUAAGGCACAGAUCCGACCUGUCCUGGAAUACUGUUUCCAUAUUUGGAGUGCAGCACCCAAACAUACCCUGAAACUGUUGGAUUCUGUCCAAAAAAGGGCAAUUCGUCUCGUGGGUGAUGCCUCGCUCACGAACUCACUCACUCCUCUGGAUAUUUUUUUUUUAUCGCUUGGAGCGCACGAAAGGGAAUCCCUAUUUUUCUGA